CAGCGGCCGAGGCAAAUUCUGGGUGAGACACAGGGCGAAAGCUGCAGCUUGGUCGCUCAGUGUCUGCAAUCGAGAGGGAAACCGCGCGGUUUCGUGCAGGACACUCGCCGGACAGUGUGAGGAAAGCUCGGGGACAGCGAAGUCGCGAUGGUGUUGGCUGAGCGGGGUUCGGACAAGCUGAGGAAUGGGGGUCGCUCGCGGGGCACCAGCCCCAAUGGACACGCGAGCGAGUCCAGCUCCGAGGAGGAGCGAGGUGAGUGGAAGGAGAAAAUUCGUGUUGGCAGAGACUAUCAAUGCCAAAUCCCUGCAUACAUUCCACUCUCAGAGAGAAAACCCGAAGAACAAUGCUUUGAGCGAGCCCUUCUUGUUUGGUCUCCAGCCAGUGGCACAAUUUCCGAUCAAAAACUUGACGACUAUAUAACCCUAGCAAAGGAAAAGUAUGGCUAUAAUGGUGAGCAGGCACUGGGAAUGCUCUAUUGGCACAAACACGAUUUGGAAAAGGCCAUCCUCGACCUUGCAAACUUCACACCGUUCCCUGACGACUGGACUGUCGAAGACAAAGUCCUCUUCGAACAAGCAUUCCAGUUCCACGGCAAAAGCUUCCACCGUAUUCGCCAAAUGCUACCAGACAAGACAAUUGCCAACUUGGUGAAGUAUUAUUACUCUUGGAAAAAGACGAGAAGUCGGACAAGCCUGAUGGACCGUCAGGCGCGAAAAAUGGCUGCUAUGCGGGAGGAGGGCGGCAGCGAAGUUGGUUCGGAACUUGGGUCCAACACCGAUUCCGACUCCGAGGACAAGGUUGGAGGGAAAUGGACAAUCCACCGAGGCAUCCGCCGCAAUAGUCGGUCGCCACCUCCCAGAAGCGGAAAUAAUGACUCCGAGGGUGAAGGUGGUACGCGAUCCUCCUGCAACAAUUGCGAGAUCAGCUGCAGUAUGUUCCACUCUACACCCAAAGGAUCUCUUUGCACAACUUGCUACUCAUAUUACAAGCGCACAGGAGGUUUAAGACCCACAACGGGGCCCAUCCGACGAGAGGGCCGACCAAUUCCACACAACAUCCUCCGUAACAAGCGCAAACCACCCCGCGGCAUGUACAUCAACCAUGACGACCUUGUUGGCAUGGCCACCGGACCGGCCGGCCAGGGAGAGAACAUGCUCAAGGCUAUGGAUAGAGAGAUUGUAUCUCUGAAGCGGCUGGUGCAGAACAACAAGCAGAACAUCAGCUCCCUUAAACGGCACACCACAGACGGUAUUAGUGACGUUCGACCUCCAGAGUCCAAUACCAGGAUCAACUCCAGAUGGGCCAACGACGAACUUCUUCUUGCCGUCCAAGGAAUCAGAAAAUAUGGCAAAGAUUUCAAAGCCAUUGCUGAAGUCAUUGGAAACAAAACAGAGGCCCAUGUGAGGAGCUACUUCAUAAACUACAGACGUCGGUACAAUUUGGAUGCCGUUCUUAAGGAAUUUGAAGCAGAAAAUGGACCAAUUGUUGAAGAGGAGAGGGACGAGAAGAUGGAGGUUGAUGGCGUUUCCUCUGGCAGUGAGGCUGGCACUCCUGCCCCGCCCUCUCCUGUUCCACCUACCAGCAAGACGCUCAAGAACCCAAAUACCCUGGCAACUGUGCCGCCAGCAAAAUGACCUCGACGACAUGCUCUUCUUGUCCUGAAAAAUUCCGCUACGUGAUUUUGAGUAACACGCCUCUGGUGGCGUUUAUUUUUUUUCUGGAUGUAAAGUAGAACUAUUUAUGAGUAUUGACUUUCUUUGAACCAAAGCAUCAAUGAUUACUGUAUAUAGGUAAUUUUUCAUGCAUUGAGUUUCUUUGUUAUAAAGAAAUGACGAGAAACUAACUUUUUGCCUGAUGCAAUGAACGAUUCCACCCCAAAAUUUAUUUUUUGUUUAUAAAAUUGUGCGCGCAUGCCACUGAUUUAAUGAAAUUUCCCCUAGUGGAUGAUGAAAUUUUAUGAAAACAUUUAAAAAAAAAAAAAUCAGAAUCACAGGGUUUGCCUUAAAUUUGCAGUAUUAAAAAUGUUGAAAAUAAAUCAGUUGCUGAGAUAUGUAAUCAUUAGGCACGCUGUACAAUUUCUGUUGGAAAACACCAGUUUAUCAGAAACUCCUCUAGUUGUAAAACCUAAUGUAAAUAGCUACUUUAAUUAUUUAUUUUUGUCUUAGGCUGAGAGUGUACCUCCACUAAUAAUCACAUGAUUGAUCACAUACAACAAACAGUCUUU